AAUAACCAGUUAUAAGGAGCGAAAUCAUCCGCGAGUUCCUGUUUAUUUUUGUUUAGAAAACAAAUAGAACUUCAAGGUAGGCCUAGCAAAGGUCAUUGAACAAUAAACGUGGGAUAACAGAUCGGGGAUUAAUUGAAUCGAUUGAAAGCUGAAUAACAUUAAGGCUCCGACCAAAGAAGAAAAGAGGGAACAUGCUGAAAAAAUGGACGCUAAGGAUAGUACGAGAACGUAAGAAACAGUUACGAUUAUUACUUGCUGUAUGUUUGAUUCUCCUUACAACCAGUAUUAUAGCUUAUAGAAAAGAUCCGGAGUGGCUAUCUCGAGAAAUUUGGACAGAAAAUUUGAAUACCAAUUUGAAUGUAUUAGAUCUCAGUGCCCCUAAAAAUGCUGAUUUUGCUCAAUAUAAAGAUAUGGUAUGCAACAAUUCGAUAUUAACGGACGAGAUUAUGAUUAUGCAUCAGGUGGUGGCUGAAGUAGACGAUCUAAGAGAUUCCAACUCGGCACAUUCAUUGGUUUAUGAUGCAAUUUUCAAAACCAUUGAUCCAAGGGCCAUAGUAAAACUUUCAUUCCAAGAACGUUGUGACUUAUAUUUCAAUAAAUUGUAUGAAAUUGACCCCCAUUGGAGGUUAGACCCCAAUGAUCCAUUCCCAUUAGUCGAUAGGAAUUUAUAUAAAUGGGAAGACUUCCGCAAGGCUAAAUGGGAUGAAGCAAGAGAAACAUUGGCUGAGAAGGCUGAAACUUCAAAGGAUGAUUUUGGUGAUAAUGAUGCGAUAGAGGAGGAAUUAAAUCAGAAAUAUUCAGAGUUUUGGAACGAAACAAUGUUACAAGAACAAAGGCUUGUUAAUUCCAUUUCACAUUAUAGAAUUUAUAACAAAUGUUUUGUUACAGGUUCGGAUGAAAUUGUUGCUAACAAAAAUUCCCAAUUUGUGGCAAAGCAACAACAACUUGCUGACCCUAGAGUUGAAGUACCAGCUUUGGCACACCGCGAUUUCAAAACUUGUUCAGAUAUGGAGUCUAGGAUCUAUCGUUGGCUUUCUAAAAGCUAUCCAAUUUAUGAGAGGUGGGAUGGCUCAAUAUUAGUCAAUCCUCCUGUGAUGAAAGAUUAUAUCAAUAUGGUCCAACCUUCAAACGCCAAGGCUUCAAAGGGGAAAGGUUCAAAGAAAGUAAAGUCCAAGUUGACUAACAACAAUUAUGGGUGCUUUGUAACUGGGUUCAAGGAUUUGUUGAAUGGUAAGGGAAUUGUUUUUUCCAUUGGAGAUCAACAUGUUGACGAAACAUGUAAUCUUAUGAGAUUACUUCGAGCAUUAAAAACUGAACUUCCUGUUCAAAUCGUUUACAAGGAUGACCUUUCCAAAGAAUCCAAGGCUAAAAUUGUCAACGCUGCAAGGGAUGACUUUAUAGAAUUACCUGAUUCAUUUAAAAAGGUACAUUCACAAUUUCCAGAUGACUAUAUGACCGACAAGGGUUUACCACCAAUAGAGGUUUGGUUUGUGGAUGUUAAAAGUGCAAUUGAUAGUCAUUAUCAUCGUAAGUUCAAUGGGUACAGUAAUAAGUUCCUUGCCACAUUUUUCAACUCCUUUGAAGAGUAUAUACUUAUUGAUGCGGACACAGUUCCAUUGAAGAAGCCAGAGUAUUUCUUUGAAAUUUCCCAGUAUAAAAAUACUGGUGCUUAUUUCUAUAAGGAUAGAUCUAUCCAAAUAUUUGACCCCGAGAGCGAAUCUAGAUUCUUCCAGAAAAUGUCCCCAUCACUCGUAGACAACUUUGUAUUUGAUUUUGAUCUUGUGAAGGAAGACGUGUUACAAAAUGAGGCAUUGAAAGAAGGUAUGCACCAUUACAUGGAGAGCGGAUUGGUUGUAGUGAAUCGUGCUAUUCAUUUCAAUGCAAUUAUGACUAUGUUACAUAUCAAUUUUUAUGAAUUAUUUUCUGCGCGUGUCUGGGGUGACAAAGAAAUCUUUUGGUUAGGAUUUAUGGUCAAUGGAGAAGAAUAUCACAUGAACAAAUUUUUUGCAGCCGCCAUUGGAGAAAUUCAAAGUGGUAGAACUCAUAAGUCACAGGAGCUCUGUGCGGCCCAUCCUGGGCAUGUUGCUGAAGAUGGGGUCACAUUGGAAUGGAUCAACUCUGGCUUUGCUUAUUGCGGACAAUCCGAUAAGGUGAACUUUGAGGAGGCAAUCAACAACCAAUGGCGCUAUCCUGAUAUCAAAACUAGUGAACAAUACGAGUCAUUUUACAGAGGUCGUAUGGAUAUUUCACAGGCACUUAUUCCGCCUUACAAUAGGGAGAGACUCAAGAACACCCAAGACGAACCCGAAGCUGGUUGGCGUGUUGACUAUGACUAUUGUGGUGGAUACAUGUGGUGUGCCUACAGUAGUAUCGGAGGGAAGACUUCAGAUGGCUCCGAUAAUAGCAUGACGGGAACUUUAAUAGAUUUCAACAAAUCAGACCAAGAUAUGUGGGCUUAUCUUGGCGACGUUUGGUUUGGUUUAAAACCGAAUCGUGUAUAA